AACCUUUUUCUGUCUCUUUGCAGAAAGUGUGGAUGCCCACCAGCGAAGCUUUGAUGUAGGAAUUCAGAUUGGCUAUCAGCGUCGGAAUAAGGAUGUGUUAGCCUGGGUUAAAAAACGCAGAAGAACUAUUCAUAGGGAAGACUUGAUCAGCUUCCUGUGUGGAAAAGUUCCUCCUCCAAGAAAUUCUAGAGCUCCCCCAAGACUGACUGUAGUAUCCCCUAACCGAGCUACUUCAACAGAAACUAGCUCCUCUGUAGAGACUGAUUUGCAGCCCUUCCGUGAAGCCAUAGCUCUGCACGUUGAAUCCAGUGAGCAGUUGGCUUUCAUGAUAAAGGUGUACUCUCAG